UCACGUAUAUUUGGCGCUCUUCCUUCUCGACCGGUCUGGCGCGUUUUUGAAAGAGCAACAAAGUCAAGAAACAUGCAUUUUGAAGUCCUCCCCAGAACAAUUCGGAGAAUAUCCUAGUGACGUUUAUUUGUUUCCCAGUCGGCCUUCAUACGUCCGUGGUGGACAUGUAUGGGCCGUUUCUGGGGCGCGCGAGGAGCGUAGCUGCUGUGAGAGUAGCAUCUUUUACCGAAGUCUGCUAGCUCGUUGUUUUUGCUCUCGUACUCGAAUGGCUGCUGGCUCCACACUGCUGUCCGCAUCACACGGGGAACUUUGCGUCUGUUGUUUAGCCACACGCCCUGGGGAGUGAAGAGAAGAAAAGGUCUCUGAAGUAGCAAGUUACACCUUCCGUUUUUUUAUCGGUGCCUUAAAGUUAUGGCUGGUGUUGUGGCUAUGGCAUCUGCCAUUGAGGACUUUGACACAGAGACUUGCAAGAAAUCUCGCAAAGAUGGUGGCAGUCAUUGUGUCAAGACAAUCACAAACUAUUUCUCUCCUGUGCCCAAGCCUGUGGAGAAACCCUUUUCUCCCCCUCGCUCCAACAACAUUGCAGACUACUUUGGCCGGAAGGCACCAUCCUCUAAAGUAAAGACCAGCUCCCCUGAGCCUUUGAAAGAGAAGUGUGAGACAUCUGAGCCAUCAGAAAAACCCAGUGGUGCAGAGGCAGCCGUUACACGGCAGUCCCAGAAACGGAGGAGAAAGGCCGGCAAAGUUGCGAGAAAACUUGUGGAGGCUGAAACCUUUAGCUUUGGCGAGGAGCCGAGCUGCCUGAUUGUAGAGAAGCCACACGAUGAUAGAGACUUGGCAACAGAAGCAAUGGGCAGCUGUGGGACUCAUGCCAGUGACGCCACGGCCCCCGUCACCCAGCCUAGUGCCGAGGUAUGUGUCACUGCCAUUAAGAAUGUCGGUGUUGACCAGGUGGAAGAGGGUGGUCACAAAUGUGGGGACGGUGUUCAACUUAAUCCAGAGCUGAGCGGUAUUGGAUUAUCUCCGAUUGUACCUUCAAAAGACAAACCAAAACAAGUCAAAACAGUUACCCGGAAUUCAAGGAAGGCAAAGCAUUCAGAACCAGAGGAGAAAGAAAAAGAGACCUCCUUAUGUGAUGUUAGUAUGGAGGUCAAUGUGGAUGAGGCCUCAAGGUUAAACAACAGCACAGUCACAAUCUCUUUUGAAGAUUUUGUGCACAGCCAGAGGCAAGGCAGCAGUGAUGGUGAGCAGGACAGAGAAGACAAAAGUAAGGCAGACGAAAUUGACACUGACCAGUUGCACAGCCCUCAAGCCGAACAAAAUGUUUGUUCUGGAUUGUCACCUUUUUACGUCUCCCCUCGAACUAUCACCAUCCAGGCUGAAGUGCAUGUAAUCUCACCCAAAGAUCAAGCGGCCAUGGUGGGGGGGAAAGUGGCUUCCAUCUUCAACAGAAAAAAGAGGACGUCGGGCCCUUUGUUGUCUUCUCACCUCGAGACCGUGCCGUCACUUUCUCCCCCUUGUCACACCGUCCGGCGCAAAUCCAAUGUGGUUCUUCUAGAGGAGGACCUGGAGCUGGAUGAGCUUGAGAGUGAUUCCGUGCCCAAGUGCAAGGAGGAAGAGCGGAAGCAGUUCAUGGCUGCCUUCAAGCAGCCGGGUCCGGAGGGGGCCAAAACCAAGCCUGUCAAGAGCCAGAGCAAGCAGAGGCCACCUGGAGAAAAGGCUGGGGAUGAUGCAGACAAAGUCGCUGAAGAAGACUCUGUUAUUCCAUCCUCUGUUGAGCAAGUCCCUGCUGCCGCUCGGGAAGACAAAGCGGUAAAAAAGAAACCAGCGAGAAAAGGAAGAAAAAAAGCUCAAGACAAAGAGUCGAUCGCUACCCCACCUGCAGCUGCUAAUGUGGCAGAAGCCGUGGAAACAGUUGAUGAGGUUGAAGAUGAAGGAGAGGUGGUUCCUGGUGGCUCCACAUCAACCCCCUCCAUCCCAAGGGUGCGGAGAUCCAAGAGAGAAGCUGCAGUCCGGCGAGCACCUGAGCUCCCCCCAACCAGCCCAGUCCGAAAAACCAGGAAACGCAGCGGGUCAAAGGACUCUGCUGCUCCACCGGCUGCUGCUGUUUCUCCAUCCAACGCCAGCCCUGCAGUGAUGUCCACCCCAAAGAUACGCAAGUCCAAACGCACGGUCUUCGUAGCACAGCUGGUGUGCCCACCUGACACAAAAGAAAGCCCGAUCAGGAUCAAAUUCACUAAAGUCCAUAAAAAUCUUUCCACGACCAAGCAUGAAAGUGGCAUAAACACUUCUUUGGCUGCUAAAGCAACUAAUGAGUCUAAAAAAAGGAAGCAGGCAAAGAAAUUGGUGGAGAAAGCCAGAGUGAUUCAACAAAGUAAAAAAAAGGCUGGGAUGGAACAGGUCAACGGGAGGCGUUCGUCACGAGGCGAGUUGGGCAAGAAGAGCCUCCAUAAAGACGAGGACGCUGUCAUCUGCCUGGAUGACCAGCUGGCAUCAGGAAAGCGUAAAACCCAGAAGCCUUUGCGCAGUCUAAACGAAGUUCUGGGAAGAGCAUCUGUUGGAAAGGAGACCGAAGCGUUCCCAGCCUCCGAAGGGGCGUCGCUGGGCCAAGACAAGGCCGCUCGGAAGGCGUCCGCCGUGAUCUCCAUCUUUGACGACAGCAGCUCCGAAGCCUCCCAGGACGACGAGCAAUUCAGAGCCCGCAAAGAGUUCUUGAAGAGCGGCCUGCCCGAGUCUUUCAAGAAGCAGAUGGCGAGGACGGCGGCGAGCAGGGAGGCUUACUCCCUCUCCUGCGCCUCCUUCCAGCCCGUUGUUCACGUGGAGCAGCCGCCACCCGAUUGUCCUCUGUGGAGUCUACUGUGGCCUGGGUCCUCGUUACUGUGUCAUCUAAAGGAGCCUUGCUGCCCGACAUCCAGCUCGCCUCCGUUGGUUACCGGCCCUCUUUGUGUGAAGACCAAGCCACAGCGAAGAGCCUUUCCUCAACGGGGUUCUGGCUGGAGGGCGGAGAUCUCUGAAAGUGUCCGGCAGCUUCUAAUGGAGGAAGUCGGCACCUCCAACCCUCCGUUCCCCGUCCAGAUGUUCAGCACUCGCUUGCUGAAGAGACGCGCCGACCACCAGCAGCAGCAUCAAAGCGCUGCCUCAGAAGCCCCAACCAUAGUCCCGGGCACCGUGCUGCUGGCUGAACCGGUCGGAGGGAAGAGGAAGAGGGCGGAAGACGAGGGGGGGGUCCCUGUGAAGGUGGCCAAGAAGCAACGGGCCAACCGUGCAGCCGAAGAAAAGUCUGAGCCAGCGAAGCGGGGCCGCACCAGACGAACGAGGAGGUCGAGGCCGGAGGAUGACGAGGAGGAAGCUCGGCCUUCAGUACAAACGGCUGCCGUUCCAUCGGAUGAUGACUCUGUGAUUUUGAUAGAUUCACCCUCACUAGAGAACAGUGGGAGAAAAGAUGUGGUGAGAGAAGACGUGCUAUGGACGGACAAAUAUCAGCCGCAACACUCCAGCGACAUCGUCGGUAACACUGCCUCAGUGAGGAGGCUGCACAGCUGGUUAAAGGAAUGGAAACUCCGUGCAGACCGCGAGGAGAGAAAAAAGCAAAAAGACAAGAAACACGAGGAAGGCAGCAAUGACUCUGACUGGGACGGCGGUGAAGAGGACCUCCAGGACGGAGAGGACAUGUUGUGUAAUACGAUGCUCAUCACCGGACCUACAGGAAUAGGAAAGACCGCUGCAGUCUACGCUUGUGCCCAGGAGCUGGGCUUCAAGGUGUUCGAGGUGAACGCUUCGUCCCAGCGUAGCGGGCGUCUGAUUCUGUCCCAGCUAAAGGAAGCCACUCAGUCUCACCAGGUGGACAGCCAGGGCGUCAACGCCCACAAACCCAGCUACUUCAACAGCUACGGCUCGAGCAGCAGUGGCGGGUCUCUCCGGCUCGGAUCGUCGCCCAGUACGUCCCGGGGAAAGGUAUACUCUCCUCGUAGAGUGGUGUCUUCUCCCAGGAAGCCUCCCCAGUCGCCACGAGGUGCUAAAAGAGGGAGCCUGGCCCCCACCUCUCUGGCCAACUUCUUCAAAAUGGGUCAACCCAUCUCCAAGGAGACGCCUAUCUCUAAGAAGAAGGAACAAACAGCUGCCUCCAAGAAAACAAUGCAAACAAACGAGUGCGCCAACAAGCAGAAAGAGCCCAAAGAGAAGAGCAGCGAAGAACAGAGCAAGAAGACGGCCACCUCGCUCAUCCUGUUUGAAGAGGUCGACGUCAUCUUGGAUGAUGACUCAGGGUUUCUAGCCGCCAUCAAGACGUUCAUGACGACCACGAAGAGGCCGGUGGUCCUCACCAGCAGCGAUCCUGCUUUCAGCUCCAUGUUUGACGGCAACUUUGAAGAGAUCCUUUUCAAAACCCCCUCAGUGUCGGAUGUCGGCAGCUUCCUGCGGCUUUUGUGUCUGACGGAGGACAUGAGGACCGACCCGCCGGACAUCGGCUCUCUGCUCCGACUCAACGGCUGUGACAUCCGGCAGAGUCUGCUUCAGCUGCAGUUCUGGACUCGCAGCGCCGGAGGCCGCCGUGUAACCAGAGCGCUGACACCCACCGGCAGACAUGACACCGAUCUAAAGCCGGAGACUGCUGACGAGGCGUCUGCCGCGGACCCUCUCCCCCCUCGUGACACUGGCUGCACAGAGAGCAUGCUGGGUCUGCUGAACGUCGAGCCCACGGGAGACAUCUGGGAGCGGCUCAGGAGUCCAGCGGAGGCGAUGUCGUGCCUGGAGCUGCUGUCCAACGGCCAGCGGCGAGGAGUGGACCUGCUCUACUCCAACCUUGAGACACUCCUACCCCUCCCACUCACGCGGCUGAGCACCUUCAGGCCAGAGCAAUCUGUUCCUCCCUUGCAACAGCAUCCAAAAGAGCCGCCAUCACAUAGCAGCCUGCGGCACACCGCGGAGUCCGCAGAAUGCUCUGAAGAUAGCAGUCCGAUCAAAAUGUCCAACAGAAUGAGGAAGAGCAAGAAGCGGCACGUUUCGCUCCACCCGGAUGAACCGCACUCUGACUCUGACUCAGAAGACGGCUUUCUCUCCAUCAGCAAGCCGCGCGCCGCUCCUCGGGCGGAGAACGACCGCGGAGAGACUUCUGUCCGGCCGGCGGCAAAGAGGAAGCCGCUGACCCCCGAGGAGCGGCUAAAGAGCCUCCCGGUCUCCCAGUGCCUGCAAUCAAUAGCUGACUUUUUCGACAAUAUGUCCUACAUGGACUCUUCUCUGAUGGUCCAUCCGGCCGCGCGCGACAGUCUGGGGAGGCUGCCGCCGGUCGGCGCGUUGCUGAAGGACGGGAUGACGGAUGAGGCGAGGGAGGCCACCGACGGCUGGUUGUGCCGGGAUGGAGCAGAGUGCAUCGCCUCAGAGAUCCCGGCCGCCGUGGAGGCGCUGAGCUUCCACCAGUGCCGGGUUUCGGUGGCGGCGGCCUGGAAGAACGCGGGGCAGCUGGAGGGGGAGGCGAGACGGGAGGCUGCGUCGGAACUCGCCCUCCCCGUGGCAGCUCAUCGCGAAGCUUCCAGCUUCACCCAGGACGGUGGCUGUCAGCCACAGCUGGUGCGGUGGAGGAGGGAGGUGAUGGAGAGCCUGGCGCUCAGAGGAGUGUUUGGCACGCCGGCCAACAGAUCGGCGGCUGCUGUGGACUACCUGCCGGCCCUUCGCACCAUCUGCAGGUCGGAGCAGCUCAAGGAGCAAGGCAAGGUGAAACGGAGGUUCCUGCACUACCUCGACGGCAUCCACCUGGGUCUGGAUAAGAGCACUCACCAGCAGCUGGCCGAAGACUUCCCCUGAUCCACGCGGGUCUUCAUGACACCUCUACAGUCCGCGCCUUCUGGGAGAAGGAACAAUUUCUCAGUCGGUGCUGUGGCACCAGGAUGAACAUCGUAUGCCGCCGUUUUCUCUCGACGGGACAACGAGCUGGUCCGAGCUGAGUGUGACUUUGUUUUUUAUCUCUUCUGAGACAGAAAUGACUGAAUACCGACGGUAUUUUCACCUGAAAACCACCUCAAGCGCUGGCUCAUUCAUCAUAUGGCGCUUUUCAAAGAAUGCACUAAACAUGGAUCUACUCUAUAUGAUUUUUGUAAUAUAAAGCUGAGUGUAUCUUUUUUGUUUUUGUGCGUCAAAGCCACUUAUCAAUUUGGUUUGCUCUCGCAGUGAUUUUAUCUCGUAGAAAUGUAUUUUGAGGAGCAUGAUUUAAUAUAAGAGGUUGACCUGUAAAAUAGAAUUUGUGAACACUGUCAGUGUUUGUGUACGCUUUCAUUCACCACAUGGCCCAGUGUAGAUGCCCUCAGAAUCUUUUAGAAGUCCGGCAGAUCGGCUCUAUUCAUCAGCCCUAAAUCCCCUUCAUAGGGAGGGUUAUUCCAUUUUUCAAUUGAUCUUUUUUUCUGUCUUCAACAUCUACACAUGAUUCACAGUGGGCAUCAGUUGUGACCAAAUAAAGGUUUAUAACAACUAAAUAAAGAAAUAGGCUUACCUUUUGUAUGCGUGAGUACUUUCUAUCCUCAUUCCUGAGUUACUUAAUUGUAGGGUGGAUGGUAUUUUUGUGGUGGGACUGGAAAUGUCUUUUUGCAGUGCUUGAAGCAUGUCCUACACCUGGUGGAUCAGUUUGAGACGUCAAAGACGUGCCACGUUCAUAUAAUAAGUGAGUCAAGUCUGUAUCAUAGAUGAACUACUUGAAAUCAAUUAUUUAUAAUGACGGUACACUUGAUAAAAUUGAAGUGACCAGUUGCCCUUUAAAUUCCAUUUAAAUACCAUCAUUUUUAUGUCAAAUCUCAA